AUGGCGCUGAGGCACCAGGUCAUGAACCAUUUGAACGCAGAAGAUCCUGGGCAGUUUGGCAAAAUGAUGGAUGUCUUGCGCUGGCUGAGCCCGCAAAUCGUACCACACCUGGUUGCCUGGUUGCAUUUGCAGCGCCCUUUGAGUUCCUCCUUGCGUCCGAAGGUGGAGUUGAUGCGCCGGCUCUCUGAUUCUGCUCGAGUACGUUUAGCAGCCAAAACAGCCUUGGGCGACAAAGGCUAUGCCACCGUCGGCCGUGUGGAGGAGCUUGCCAAACUACGUGCUGCCCUGCUGCGUGAUGUGCAAGCAGCCCCAGCUGCUGAGAAGAAGGUGCUGCUGAGGUACCGCGAUCAGGUUAGGGAGAAGCUCCUUCAGCUUGGGAAGCAGAGUGAAGGACACGUGUUGUAUGCAGUGAAGCGGGCCUUGAGACACUGA